AUGUCAGUGCCACAACCAUCCGAAAAAAAAAUGACGAAAAUGAACCUAACGAGACAAAAUACUUUCAACAUGUUGACGUUUUUUCGAUCAUCCUCCUCCUCUCUGGUUCUCUUUCUUGCCAUCCUCUUCAUCGUUGUGUUGCAACUCUCACAACUCUUCGUCUUGGCAGGUGGCAUGGAUGAGAAAACCGAACAACGUCAACCAGGACUCACUCCCGCCGCUCUCGUUUCCCGCGUUGUAGAUUCUUCUACGACGGUUUUUCAAGCAGCAACAAAUUCUCAAGAAGAUGCGUUGGUGGAGAGAGCAGCAGCACCAGCGACCACCACCACUAGCGCAUCUUCAUCCUUCUCGACAAGGAGUCUUUCGCAUGAGGAGGAUUGGAUGAUGAUGAAUGGAGAAUUGGAAAAUGGAAACCAUCACCACGACGUCAUGAUGAAUUUUGGAUCGAUACUGAACGAAGAGGAAUCGAUUCAAGAACAUGGAGCAUCAAGCAGCACUGAAUUGGAUAUUUCAAACGUGUUGAGCCACUUGAUGGAACAACAAGACCUCAUGACGGAAACAUCAUCAUCAAUGGAAGCAUCAUCACUUGGGGAGGAAGUCGAGGAAGAAGCCAUUGCUGAAUUGGAAGGAUCCAGCAGCAUGGCCGAAGAGAAUGAUGAAUUGAUGGAAAAUUUGCAAGAGUCAUCCGGACUCAUGGGAGCUGAAAUUGAAGAAGCCAAUAGUAAUGCUCAUGAAGGAUUUACGUUGGAUGAAGUUUUGGAUUCGAGUGGAGUCUCUACUCUCUCAACAAAGAGCGAACAACAAUUGGAUCAUAAACGAUACUUGACUCGCUCACAACAACAUGCCAAGCUUAACGAAUUUAAUUGUAAUCCAUUGUGUUUAAAACGAAGAGGAUUUAUUGGACUCGUUAAAAAGACAUCCAAGACACGUACUUUGAUCAAGUUCUUGAGAAGGAGAAGAUCAUUGAUCAAUAGAAAAUUAUAUCCUUUACAACAACUUCAAAUCAAGGCGAGAAGAACGUUGGAGGAGACCAAAGAUCCAGAACAACAAGCAGAGGCUCAACAUAACAAGAUCAAGACUGAGAGAGAAAUUUCACGUCUAUUGAGAUUGAAAAAGAUGAAUAAUGAGAAAUUGAAGAAUGCGCUCAAUAAUCUCAAAAAGCUCAAAGCUCGUAAAGCAAAGGCCUACUUGAUUUUGAAGAAGGCCAUUGCUCUUCAUAUUGCUAAAUUGCUGAAACGAUACAAGAGAGCUCUCAUUAGAAAGAAUAACGCUGUUCAAGUUCGAAAGGCACAAAAGGAAAAGUUUGGAAAGAAGAAAUUUGUUCCACCUUACCUUGUCAAUUAUGCCAAAUUGGACGUCUUGAUUGCAAAGAAGAAGUAUUUCAAUGCUCUCUACUUUUUAUUCAAGAGACAACUCUUUGUAUUGAAUCAUUUAAUUCAUCACCGUUCCAAAUUGUUGAAUUUACUCACUUAUGAAAAUCGUCGUGCUAAACUCUUCGCCUUAAAGUCACAACAAGUCAAGGAGGAGUAUGAAAAGUUGGAGAAGCAACUUGAUGCAUCCAAGAGCGAGGUGGAAAAGGCCAAGAUCAAAGGACAAAUCGAAGUGAACAAACUCAAAUUGGUUCAAUACAAGAAGCACGUGGCUACCUGCACCAUUUUAAUUAAGAGAGCACAAAAAGCCCUCACAUCUAUUGCUAACAAGUUGAAGGAAGCAAGCAAAGUGUUGUCAUCGCGCAAGGUUGAUCUUCCUAGUGAUUUGAAAAAAUUGUUGCGAGACCAAUACAACGCCGAACAAACUGCAGUUGACAAGAGAAGAGCGAUCAAUGAAGCUGCUGUGAACAAGGAUGAGCUCAAUGCUGCCUUACCAAAACCAAUUGAUUACUCAUCUAAGGACUACUUUAUUUUACCACUCAAGAAGAACAACAAGCCAUACGUGUGCACGACCAACGAAAAGCCAGAUCCAAAGGAAGUUCUUGACGGUGUUUCGAUCACCAAGGAUGUGUUAUUGAAGCCUCUCAUUUGUUUCCACAAAUCUAAGAUUCGAGUGAAGGUCACCUACAACAUUGGACAAGACACUCUUUUCAUUGCUAAAUAUCAUUCGACAUGGAUUCGCCAAAAUUUGAGACUCUAUCUCAAUAAGAAGGGCAAAUUAGGAAUUCAAAAGAAGGGUUACAAACAAUUGAAGAAGCCUGCUUCUCCUGCAUUCAAAAAGAGAAAGGUCUUCUCAGAUCGUGUCAAGUAUAUUCAAACACAUCCAUCCACUUCAAGAGCUGUGAUCAAAUCGUUUGUCAUGAAGUAUUAUUCAUUGCCAGAAGAAGACUUUAGUUUGUCAUUUUCGAUUGGACGUGGCUUGGCAGGAAAACCUUUUGUCAAGAAAUCACCACGAAAAUCUCCAAAGAAAUUGACAACUCACUCAAACCAUCAACCAACUGCUCGACCAAUAAACUGA